CUCUACCGUCCACACCAACGUUGUGAUCCCUGCUUCCUACCCCGCACGCCCCACGGUGUGGUGAUCCCCGCUCCCCUCUUGUGAACCCUGCUGCUGCUGCUCCCCCCCGACUCCUCCUCGGCACGUGCCAACUCGGAUCCCCUCGUCGCCCCCAAGCCCCGCGUGCAACGCAGCAACCCCUCACCACAACACCUUCAUCUCUUAACUCCCCUCUGUAGCCCCACGUGUGAAAACCCAGUCACCCUCUGGCCCUUAUUACAUCGAUAAUACCCCACGUGCAUUCCAGCUCCCCUUGUCCCCUCUAUAGCCCACGUGCAAUACACGUCCUAUAACAGCCCGCAUUCAAUCUGUAUGCCACACCUACGCCUCCCCACAGCCCCUAUCUCCUCUCUAUAACGGGUGUAAACCAGCUCCCCCUAUCCCCUUCUAAACCACGCGUCUAUCCCAGCUCCCAUCUGCACCCCACGAGCCUCCACAGCCCUUACCCCCUCUCUACACCACGUACCACGUGUAUCCCAGCUCCCCUUAUCCCCUCCACACCCCAUGUGUAAACCCAGGUCCCCCACAGCCCUUACCCCCUCUCUUCACCACGUGUAAACCAGCUCCCCUUAUCCCCUCCACACCCCACGUGUAAACCACCUCGACUUAUCCCCUUCUAAACCCCACGUGUAAACCCAGGUCCCCCACAGCCCUUACCCCCUCUCUACACCACGCGUAUCCGAGGUCCCAUUGCCUCCCUCCCGUUGUAAGAGGCGGGACCCCGGGGUUACUGCAGGGCACUCUCUACCCCCGGCUCCAUCCUCUCCCCCGCGUCACACAGCACAGGCGGCGGCGGCGGGCGGAGGCAGCUACCGGACAAAUCUCCAUCACCUCCUCCCCAUCACCUCCUCCCCAUCAUCAUCACCGCCACCACCACCAAGCCUCCUCAUCCUCUAAGAAGCUCCUCCUCAAACGGUUCCAGCCAUCAUCACCCAUCACUGUCGGCAUCUUCCUCCUCGGCUCCGUCUCGUUCAUCUGGGAAUCGUCUUCUUCUGGCUGAAGGAACAAUGGAGGCACUGGACACAGCACUGACAAAGAUGUUGGACGACAAAAUCGGACCACGCGACCCGCGCAUCCGUGGGUGGCUGCUGCUGGAUUCAUACCUGCCCACGCUGGUGUCCACGCUGGUGUACCUGCUGGUGGUGGCGGUGGGGCCCAAGCUGAUGCGUGAGCGCCAGCCGUUUUCGCUUAAGGGGCUGCUGGUCGUCUACAAUGCGCUGCUCACUGCCCUCUCCUUCUACAUGUUCUAUGAGCUCGUGGCCGGCGUGUGGACAGGGGGCUACAACCUGCGCUGCCAGAACACGCACAGUGCGGGGGAAGCUGACAUGAGGAUUGCCCGUGUACUCUGGAUCUACUACCUCUCCAAGCUCAUUGAGUUCCUGGACACGGUGUUCUUCAUUGUGCGCAAAAAGAACACCCAGGUCACAGUGCUGCAUGUCUACCACCAUGCCUCCAUGCCCACCAUCUGGUGGUUCGUCCUCAACUGGGUACCCUGCGGACACUCGUACUUUGGGGCAACGUUCAACUGUUUCAUCCACGUGCUGAUGUACGGAUACUACGGACUCUCGGUCAUCCCUGCCAUGCGGCCCUACCUCUGGUGGAAGCGCUACAUUACCCAGGCGCAGCUGACACAGUUCGUGAUGACAAUGGUGCAGUCGGGGAGUGCCAUCGUGAUGCCGUGUGGGUUCCCAGCUGGCUGGCUGUGGUUCCAGAUCUCCUAUAUGAUGUCACUGGUGCUUCUGUUCUCCAACUUUUACAUCCAGACGUACAUCAAGCAGGGCUCGCGCCCGAAGCUGGAGAGCCACGCGAACGGCAAGAUGGAGCCACGGAGCUCUGGGGACCUUCACGAGAACGGCAACAGCACGCGGCAGCGCAAGCCCAAGCGCGUGUAACACAGCGACACCCCAGGCCCAUUUAUUGUACAUGAGCCGUUGAUUUAAGCCCUCAACUUGGCGUGUCAAAAUUGGAAGAGAAGGAAAUGCCAGUUUAUUUGUAAACCUAACAUUUUUCCCAAUAAGUCGGUGCUCACGUCCUGUACUGAUCAUCAACACAAAAAGCUAACACUGCAUUGAUGACAAAAGUUAUUAUUUAUGUCUGUUCCCAAGCUGCAACAUUGGUAUAUAAUGCAGCCUUCUGCAGUGUGCAAAUUCGUAAAAUUACACUUAUCUGGGAAGAUUCAAGCUGCUCUGGUUUGAUUUACAUUUUCAUGAACUCCACGAUAAAUUUCUUACACUUUAAAGCGGGGCAUUUAGAGACUCUCAUUUUGUUGACCUUUCACAAUGAGGAUACACAUUUCAGAGUUACUAACUUGGGAGGAAAAUGCACUUCAAAUCUUUACGAGCACUGUCAGAAUGAAGCGUUGUAGUGAGGCGGUUUAUUUUAACAAAUUGGUGGCACGUCUCGCGGCUCGCCGUUUAUUCAGACAUCUCCUGAAUAAUGUAAAUGCCCUCAGUGACUGCGUGCGUCAUCUGCGCGCACCGUGACAUGGCAACUCCUAAACGCUUGACUUCCUGGCAUUCUCACAAACUUACACUGGCACAAUGUUGCCACCUUUUGAAGUCAUGAACAUGAUCCUUAUCUUCGUCGCUUCAGCAUAAUAUGAGCAAAAGGCAAAUGUGCAAAUGUAAACGUGUGCUGAAGUGUUUGCAUAACUAUGUUUAAAUUUGCUUAGAUUUUAAGUACAAUGCAACUUAAGUAUACUGCUGACAAAUUUGGCGUUGCUACCUCUUGAGUCCGCAGUUAUUUCGUUUUUAUAUGCACAGAUAAAAAAGUGGCUUUCUCUAAAUUAGUUUUGUUAACAAUGUGCGCAUUAUCUUGUGGCUAUAGAAUAAGAAAGCCUGCCCUAGGACUAACUGCUUCGUGUAUUGCCAUGUAACCCUUGUAGCCUGCCUAAAGCAACUGGUAAUGUGUUGGCGUGAUGUUCACACCAAACUGAUAAGGUUUUUUUUUAAUCCACCGUGCCUGAUAUGGUGAUUAUAAUCAUCUGUUUACCAACGACUCCAGCUUAAAAGCACUUACCUAAUGUGUAGUUUUUAGUGAAAUCUUGUUUUUUUAUUUGCAAAAAGGGUUAUUCAUUGUGUUGUCAUUUUAAGACCAAGAAAGACCAUUGUAUAGACACACAGUAUCAUUGUGACGGACAGGGAUAUACACUUAAAUUGUUGUGGAUCACAAGGAAAUCAGUUGUAGAAUGAGCACAGCACAAAACCUGCAGCUGUUGGUUUAUAUUCGACUUUGUGUUUUGUAGCAAGUGGAGGUAUUUGCUUCCAAACUUUGUGAAGCCUUAUUUUUCGGAAUAUACAGAAAAGACAUUGCCUUAAUCUGUAUAAAUGCGUUUUUCACAAGUAUUUUGUUCACUGACUGUUGUCACUUUGCGAAAGAGCAUCACUUGUUGUACCACUAAUGGCCAGCUUCUAAGGGACACUUUAAACACCCAGAACGUGACUUAAUGAUGUCACAGUGAGUCGAAUGUGUUGAUCCACUUUAUUUCUUACAAGACUGCUCAUGCACCCACAAAGCUUUGGUCCCAGACCUGUACUCAUAUUCCUACACUUACGCAGAUUUAACCGAGGAAGUAGUGCUGUUGCCUCGUCAAUUUGAUGGGGGUGUUCUGGAAAAACACUAACCCACAAAAGCGUAUUGUUCAGAAAGUAGUCGGAUUUUAGUUGACAGUAAGUGAAUUAGGUGGUCGAAGUAAGUAAAUUAUUGGGGUUAUUUGUGCGGCCAUCUUUCGGGUAAGUGACACAAUCAAAUCUAUUCUAGAUUUGAAGCUUUCGUGACUGCAAGGAUCCAUACUCUUUGGUAACAAUCAUAUCUAUCAAAAAUGGAUCGUCAGGCGAUUCAAUGAAAUCAUGUAUUUUCUACUGAAAUUUAAUGUGGGUUAUCCCAAGUAUUCCAGAACAUUCCUAAUUUAUAUAACUCGCCACACAUAUAAGCCCAGCCGUUUGGUUUGUUCCGAUCGCCAUUGCGUGUUCAUGUUGGUUCACAUGAGCAGCCAAGCGGCCUCAUUGUGUUAUGACUACCAAGGGCAGACAAAGCACCAUGUCCUCAUUUCUGGCUUCCCAUCACUGUUGUGGAGUUGGAGUGGAUCAAACAGGGCUCUGUUGUCUUCGUGUUGCUGAUGCCAAGUGGAUAUUUGCACAUUAGAGCAAAGCCAAGGAAACCGCAUUGCAACCACCGACGCCAUGCAGAUAUGCCCUUCGACCGUCUUAAUUUUAUUUCCGGAUGAUUUUUAAUAUUUGUUUUUACGCGUAUUGUACUAAGAAUGUGAAGUGUACCGUGAUAAGAUCUUGCAGAAUUUAAAUCGCCCAAGGUUUGUCAUCACAACGUGCGCCUGUCCUGCAGUAACUGAGGUUUGGCUUGCUAACAAUAAAAGCAGUUGAACUUAA